ACUUCAAGAAGAUAACAUUCACGACUUCGAGCUGGAAGAUCGAGAAGACCAGUUCAUGAAUACGCUAAAUUACGUGAUGGGAUUGGCUGAUUUCAAACUUUUAACCCAAAAAAAAGCCGAAAAUUUAUACGAGAAAUAUUUAUUAAAUAUUGAUAUCAGCGUUGACAAAGAAAAACUCGAUUAUAAAUUUAUUGAGCGGUAUCACCGCCAGUUCCCCAACACAAAUAGAGCAGAAAUUACUGAUUACUUUUUAAUAUUUCAAAGAGGAACUGGAAUUGACGAAGCAAAGAAAUUUUUUUACACAGAAAAAGUUGAGGUUCUUGUUAGAAGGCUUAAAAAAGUCAUAAAAGUAAAAGUUUCCUCACUUUUUCCUCCAAAAUUUAUGGAAUGGAUCGAUAUGCAAAAAAAAAAAGCAAAAAGCUAUUCGUCGAUAAAGCUGCCAAAGGAGCUUUUGUCGAGAGGCUUGUUUGUAGCCACUGUCCUUUUUUAUGUUUGGGGUCUUUUUUCAACUCUCUCCGAUCCCCACAGAAGCAAAGGAAUUUUUAGCGCAUUUUUUGGAUGGCUGAAUUUUUUUUUACUGAAUGGUGCGAUUCUUGGUGUUGUGGCAUUUAUUUUCCUGUACAAUCCGCCUUUCGGGACUGAACAAAAGGAUAAGAAAAAGGAAAAAAAGUUUGCGAAAACUUUGAGAGUUCGUAAGAAGUCCACUGUGAAUUCCCUUGUUGAUACUGAUGAAGACCAGUUUGCAAAAAAAAUAAAAAGAAUUCGAUUGGACCAGCUUCCAUUAUAUCCAAAAGAUCUUCUGGUUCAGACAACUUUGCAAGAGCCGACUUUUCGCGACGUUAUAAUUAUCUACCGCGAGAUUGGCCAGAAGGCCAUACGUCUUAAACGCUUUGUGGACAUCCCUUUGGCGGAUUUGGAACUAGUUUAUCCGGCAAAAGCAAUUUCUUUAAACUUGACAGAUUCGUUGAUAUUUUUUGUUACUAUUAUCGUGGGCCUCGUUUCUGUUGCAAAUUCUUCUUACGGCGAAAAUUUGGGAGACUACGUCUACAGCAUUGCAUUAGGUGUUGGAAUUUUGAUAGCAAGAAGUAUUUAUAAUUAUAAUAACCAAAAGUCUGCUUAUGAGGCCACUUUAACAAAAACUUUGUAUGAGAAACAAGUGAGUACAGACGAAACUUUACUUAUUCAUUUAGUUCGGAAUUGCGAAGAACAGGAAGUCAAAGAAGCCCUUCUUGCUUUCUUUAUGCUAACAAAAGAAGGCUCUCAAAAGGAAGAUAUUCUGGACUACCUCAUCGAAGCAUUUUUAAGAAAAUAUUUCAAAAAAAAUAUUGACUUCCACGUGUCUAAUGCGCUUUCUAAGCUUAGCCACAUCGGCCUCGUAGAAAUUUCUCCCGGCGGCUUGGUUACUGCCAUCCCCUUAGAAAAAGCCGUUUCAACUAUUACUAAAAAGUGGAGUGAGUUUGAUAUAGGAUUAAAAGAUAAAUCAAAAGAGGGAGGAAUGGUUUCCGGAGCUGCCGAUUUCGUUACCGGCUGGAUUCCAGGAAUGGGAAAGAAAAAAUCUUCAAAAACACCUCAAAAAGAAGAGAAUUCUUCUAUAAAGAAUUGAUGAAAGCUAAA